AUGUACGGGAUGUUACUGGAAAGUGUGCAAUAUUUCGUACAGUUAGAAUUUGGCGAAGAAGUAUGGCUUCGAAUUUUAGAAAAAGCUGAUUGCAAACAUAUAGUUUUUAAUACAAGACAAAUAUAUCCAGAUGUGCUAAUGACUAAUUUAGCAAUGGCUCUUGCCGAGUAUACUGGUGAUUCUAUGGAUAACAUUAUGCAAUUUUUUGGGAAGUGUUUUGUUAGAUUUUUUAGCAAUUUAGGGUAUGAUUGUACUAUAAAAGCAACUGGUCGUUAUUUUUGUGAUUUUUUGCAAAGUGUAGACAAUAUUCACAUGCAAAUGAGAUUCACGUAUCCAAAAAUGAAGAGUCCAUCUAUGUAUACAACGCAUGUCGAUCCACAAGGUGUUGUUUUAGUUUACAGAAGUACUCGGCAAGGUUUUACGCAUUACCUUAUGGGACAAUUAUUUCAAAUAGCGGAAGACUUGUAUAAUACAGAACUGGAUAUCAAAGUAUUAGAAAGUUCAAAUAGUAUUCCAGGAUCUCGAAGCGUAAUGAUUAAAUUUCGUAUUAAUUUCGAUAACCAACAAUAUAUUGCGAAGAACAAUAGAAUGAAUACUCCAUUAGGCCGUGAAUUACCACCGAUAAGUUGCACAUUUUUCUUACGCCUUUUUCCAUUUGGUGUCAUCAUGAACAAGGUCAUGCGAAUACUAGGGGUUGGUGAUAAAUUGCUUCAAGCUUGGGGCGGUACCACGUCCAUUUUAAACAUGCAUGUUUCAGAAAUAUUCAAAUUAAGAAGACCGAAAGGAGUUCCGUUUACAUGGGGGAACAUAAUGUACUUGCAUUCAGUGAUAUUCGAAUUGGAACUAAUUAGAGCAAAUAAUUAUUUUAUGAUAAAUUCAGAUAAUGUGCCAAGCACAAGUAGUGCUUUAGAUAGACGUGGGAGUCAAGGUUCGAGAAGUAUCUUGUUGAAGGGUCAAAUGAGAUAUAUCGAGGAUAUUAAAGCUAUUAUAUUUCUCUGUAGUCCUUUGAUCAACAGUUUAGACGAACUUCUUAACAUGGGUCUGUAUUUAAAUGACCUAAAUCCUCACGGUAUGAGCAAAGAAUUGGUGUUGGCAGGAUGGCAGCAUUGUGGAAGGUUGGAAAUGAUGUUUGAGAGAGCAGAGCAAAGAUCAACGGAAUUAGAAAACAGCUAUGUGUUACUGGAUCAAUGGAAAAAUAAGAGCGAUGAGCUACUAUAUUCUAUGAUUCCACAAACGGUAGCAGACCGAUUGCGAGCCGGAGCCAGUUCAUUGAGCACUUGCGAGUCAUUUGAAUCAAUAACGGUUCUUUUCUGCGAAUUAUGCGACUUUGAUUAUUCAACCAUCGAAGGAGCGAUGGACAUCGUUUUAUCAAUGAACGCCGUUUUUUCCUGUUUCGAUACAUUGAUGGAUCAGUUUAAUGUGUACAAAGUUGAGACUGUUGGUAGCGUGUAUAUGGCAGCUAGCGGUGCACCGGACAGAGGACUAGAUAUACGAAUCCGCAUAGGGAUUCAUUCUGGACCAGCAGUUGCCGGAGUGGUCGGCAUCAAAGUGCCGAGAUAUUGUUUCUUUGGAGAUACUGUUAACACGGCCUCCAGAAUGCAGACUUCUAGUCUGCCGGGAAAGGUGCAUAUUUCUUCUAGCACUAAAGCUUUGUUACCGAAAGGACGUUAUCGUACCGAAUCACGUGGAGUUGUUAAGAUAAAGGGAAAAGGAAAUAUGGAGACGUAUUGGUUGGAAUCAACGGCAAAUAAUGAAAUGAAGGAAAAAACAUCAAAUGAUGAAGACGUAAAAAUUAAAGGUCUUUUAGUCACUAGUAUAUAGAGUAUACU